AUGGCUGCUCUUCCCGGAGUAAAGCAAAUACAAGGUGACAUAACAAAAUUGAGUACAGCUCACGAAAUUAUCAGGGAAUUUGAAGGCUCACAAGCUGACCUUGUUGUUUGUGAUGGUGCCCCAGAUGUAACAGUAGUGGGAAUCGAACCCACACCCUCUGGCACAGGAGGCAGGUACACUAACCACUACGCCACUCGGGUCGUCAAAUCGUCAAAAAAAAUGGAAAAAAAUUUCAUGCAAGAA